GCGGGGCGGAGCUCGCAGAGGAAGUCGGUCGAGGUCCCUGCUUGCUGUCUGGGGCCGAAGGAGGAGCUUGCAGCCGGGGCGGCUGGACUGGACGGCUAGCGGUGCGGGUCUGGCGGCCGUGUCGGCGACAGGAGCCUGAGUUCGGAGCACCAUAUGAGACGGUUUAAGCGGAAGCAUCUUACAGCCAUCGACUGCCAACAGUUGGCUCGGAGUCAUUUGACUGUGACCCAGCCCUUCGGUCAAAGAUGGACAAACAGAGAUCUGAACCAUGGUCUCUAUCCUAGACCCAGAACAAAAAGAGGCAGUAGGGGUCAAGGAUGUCAAAGGAACAAUCCUGAGUUCUUCCUAGCUGGCCAGCAGCAGUGCACCAAUGACAUGGCCAAAAGCAGUUCUGUUGGCCAGGACAGCUGUCAGGACUCUGAGGGUGAUAUGAUCUGUCCUGCAGAGAACACUUGUGCUCUGCCUCAAGGUGAUGGAGAGGCAAGAUUGGGCUCGUCAGGGUCUGCUUUGCCUUCCAGGAAGCGGUCUUGGUCCUUUGAGGAAGAACGUAAUAAGGCUACAGGGACCAGCGAGUGGGAUGGAGUUACUAAGAAAACCCCAUGGCAUCAUUUGUCCUCAUCAUGCACAAGGCCUAGGGAGGCCAGGCAAGAAGCAGAAGGCUGUUUGUCAUGGCACUCUGCAGCGUCUGGAGAAAUAGACCAAGACAUUGAAGACAUUGGGCUGGACCCCGUUCCUGACUCAUACUAUGGGCUUCUUGGGACCUUGCCCUGCCAAGAAGUACCGAGCCACAUUUGUAGCCUGCCUAGUGAAGUCCUAAGGCACAUCUUUGCCUUCCUCCCUGUGGAAGACCUCUAUGGGAAUCUGAGCUUGGUGUGUCACCUCUGGAGGGAGAUAAUCAGUGACCCACUGUUCAUUCCUUGGAAAAAGCUGUAUCAUCGAUACCUAAUGAACGAAGAGCAAACUGUCAGCAAGGUGGAUGGCAUCCUCUUGAACUAUGGCAUAGAAAAGGAGUCAGACUUGUGUGUGCUGAACCUCAUACGAUUCACAGCCACCACUAAAUGCUCCCCAAGUGUGGACCCUGAGAGGGUGUUGUGGAGUCUGCGGGAUCAUCCCCUCCUUCUUGAGGCAGAGGCGUGUGUGCGUCAACACUUGCCUGACCUCUACGUGGCUGCUGGGGGCGUUAAUGUCUGGGCUUUGGUGGCAGCCAUGGUGCUCCUCUCCAGCAGUGUGAAUGACAUCCAGCAGCUACUCUUCUGCCUCAGGAGACCCAGCUCCACAGUGACCAUGCCAGAUAUCACCGAGACCUUGUACUGCAUAGCUGUGCUUCUCUAUGCCAUGAGGGAGAAGGGGAUCAACAUCAGUAAUAGGGAUCGAACUCGGGUCCUUGUGCUUGCAAGGAUUCACUACAACAUUUUCUAUUGCCUAUAUCUUCAGGAGAAUUCCUGUACUCAGGCCACCAAAGUUAAAGAAGAGCCAUCUGUCUGGCCUGGCAAGAAAACAACCAUCCAACUUACACAUGAACAACAGCUGAUUCUGAACCAUAAGAUGGAACCUCUCCAGGUGGUGAAAAUCAUGGCAUUUGCAGGCACGGGGAAGACCUCUACCCUGGUCAAGUAUGCUGAGAAGUGGUCUGAGAGCAGAUUUCUGUAUGUAACAUUCAACAAGAGCAUCGCAAAGCAGGCUGAGGUCGUCUUCCCCAGCAAUGUCAUCUGCAAAACCUUUCAUUCCAUGGCCUAUGGACACGUUGGGCGGAAGUACCAGCUAAAGAAGAAGUUGAAUCUCUUCAAGUUAACACCCUUCAUGGUCAAUUCUGUCCUUGCUGAAGGGAAAGGUGGAUUCAUAAGGGCCAAGCUAGUGUGUAAGACUUUAGAAAACUUCUUUGCCUCUGCUGAUGAAGAGCUGACUAUUGAUCACGUGCCUAUUUGGUGUAAGAACAGCCAGGGGCAGAGAGUCAUGGUUGAACAGAGUGAGAAACUGAAUGGUGUCCUUGAAGCAAGCCGUCUCUGGGACAACAUGCGGAAGCUGGGGGAAUGCAAAGAAGAGGCUUACCAAAUGACUCACGAUGGCUAUUUGAAACUCUGGCAGCUGAGCAAGCCUUUACUUGCCUCUUUUGACGCCAUCUUUGUGGAUGAGGCACAGGACUGUACUCCAGCUAUCAUGAAUAUAGUUCUGUCUCAGCCAUGUGGGAAGAUCUUUGUAGGGGACCCACACCAACAGAUCUAUACCUUUCGUGGUGCAGUCAACGCUUUGUUCACAGUCCCCCACACUCACGUCUUCUAUCUCACACAGAGUUUUAGAUUUGGUGUGGAAAUAGCCUAUGUGGGAGCUACUAUCUUGGAUGUCUGCAAGAGAGUAAGGAAAAAGACAUUGGUUGGAGGAAACCAUCUGAGUGGCAUUAGAGGUGAUACAAAGGGACAAGUGGCUCUUUUGUCCCGCACCAACGCUAAUGUGUUUGAUGAGGCUGUACGGGUGACUGAAGGAGAAGUACCAUCAAGGAUACAUUUGAUUGGGGGGAUUAAAUCAUUUGGAUUGGACAGAAUCGUUGAUAUUUGGAUCCUCCUUCAGCCAGAGGAAGAGCGAAAGAAACGAAACCUCAUCAUUAAAGACAGAUUUAUCAGAAGAUGGGUGCACAAAGAGGGCUUUAGUGGCUUUAAGAGGUAUGUGACUGCUGCGGAGGACAAAGAGCUUGAAGCGAAGAUUGCAGUUGUUGAGAAGUAUAAUAUCAGGAUUCCAGAACUGGUGGAAAGGAUAGAGAAAUGCCAUAUAGAAGAUCUGGAUUUUGCAGAGUACAUUUUGGGCACUGUGCACAAAGCCAAAGGCUUGGAGUUUGAUACUGUGCAUGUUCUGGAUGAUUUUGUGAAAGUGCCUUGUGCCAGGCAUAAUCUUGCCCAGCUUCCUCACUUCCGAGUUGAGUCAUUUUCUGAAGAUGAAUGGAAUUUACUGUAUGUUGCAGUAACUCGUGCCAAGAAGCGUCUCAUAAUGACCAAAUCACUGGAAAACAUUUUGACUUUGGCUGGGGAGUACUUCUUGCAAGUUGAGCUGACAAGUAAUGUUUUAAAAACAGGAGUGGUUCGCUGCUGUGUGGGGCAGUGCAACAAUGCCAUCCCUGUAGAUACUGUCCUCACCAUGAAGAAACUGCCAAUCACUUAUAGCAACAGGAAGGAAAACAAGGGUGGCUACCUCUGCCACUCCUGUGCAGAACAGCGCAUCGGGCCUCUGGCCUUCUUAACUGCCUCUCCAGAGCAGGUUCACUCCAUGGAACGCACAGUGGAAAACAUAGUGCUCCCCAGGCACGAAGCCCUGCUCUUUCUUGUCUUCUGAGACCAAGUCCAGUGUUCUCCAUGGUGCAGAGUGGCUUGCCAUGGUCUCCCAAGUGCUGAAGGAAGCCAGUGUGGGCAGAGCUCCUGCUCACGUAAGACUCUUGAGUUCAAUCACAGAACAUUUUCUAAGGAAGAAGAACCCAACCAGAGUUGGAUCUGCCAUUUCUCCGUUCCCUACAGAUAGCCAGUUACCACUUGCCUAUCCUCAAUAAGUAUCAGGUCAGGGAAGUGAGGGAUGUUCUUUUGAUAAAAACAUUUUAUGUAUUUAAACUUUUAUUACAAGGUUUCAAUUAAACAGGCAUUGCAGCACUGGCAUGCCACUGUGACACCUUGCUCCAACACUUGUUUCUAAACUUUCUCCUCUUUUCUCUUUUCAGCAGCUCAUCACAGAGUAUGAGAUUUUUGUGCCAUGGGGAGUCACAUGUUUAUGUAAGACAUAGUGUGUGUCUUUGUCUUUGUGGGGCUUGGAGUUUAAACAGGGAAGCAGCAUCAUGCAUGAAAGACAAGUACAAAGUAACAAUGGAUAGACUUAGACUUCUUGUGUUCCCCAAAGAUCAGAAACACUUGUAAGGGAAACUGGAGUAAUCAGCUACUGUGGAGGAGACAGAGUUGGUAGAGAUGGGAAGUUGUUACCUGGUUCGGUGUGCUUGGGGGUGCUGGGUAGAAACUGUAAUGAAAUUAUAAAUUCUUACAGAAACUACCAGUGAAAACACAUCACAGAGAUGUACAUGAAUCUGGUAUUGGACGUUUUUUGCCAUUCAAUUUUAGGAUGCUGGUGGCAACUGGAAGGGUAGACUUGACAUUACCCAAAGAAUACACCACAUUAGGCUCUGAGCUGAGCCAAGUGGACGUCAGCAUCUUGAGACAUUACAUCUUUUUUAGGAAAAUAAUUCCAAAUGUUUGAAGGGUGUUUUAAGAAGAUCGGAUAAAUUAAAAGGCAAACAGUUGUAUUGUCAGCAAGACAUGACAGCUGAUGGCCUAGACCAAGGUAAUUGCAGUGGGACUGGUGAUUAGAGAGUGGAUACAUAGGUCAGUGGUCCCCAGAUGAGCAGCAUUGGCAUCACCUGAGCACUUGUUAGAAAUAAAAUUUCAGUCCCCACUCCAGAUGUAGAGGGUGAGACUGGGCUGAGUCCCUGCGCUUGGUAUUUAACUAGCUGUACAAGUAAGUCUGAUGCACACUAAAUUUUGAGAACUUCUGAUUUUCAUCCUAAGAAGGUGAAUCAGUAGGUCUUAGUGCUUAGAUGAGUGUUGUGACUCAGUGAGAGAACCUCAGUGUAACUCGAUUUUCUGGCUGCUUCUUCAGGUGGGUGAGGGUGUCUUUCAUUAGAAAAGAAAAUAGAUUUGUGUAAAAACAAGGGUGAAUUUGAUUUUUGAAAUAUUGAAUCUGGGCAUGCUCAUGAGAAAUCCAAUUAGAAUUGUCCAGGGGGCUGUUGCAUACUGGGUCUGUUUUUUCUUUCUGAAAUUCCUUUAUUUUGCUGAUACUCAACUUUUUAAAUUGGUUUCGUGACUACUUGUUUUUUAAUGUUUGCUCUAUUUCUAUUUUCUCACCUUACUCUUACAUCAUCUAGUAGGUUUUGCUGAAGUCCAUACUUUAGUAAAGCACAUUAAACUGGAAGUAGAGAUUUUAGUUAUAAGUAUGGAAGAAGUAGUAAGGUGUUUCACUUGAAGAGUUUUUUUGGGGUUUUUUUUGUACUGGGAAUUGAAUGCAGGACCUUACGCUUGUAAGGCAGGCAUUGGCACCACUGAGCUAAAUCCCCAGCCCACUUGAAGAGUUUUGAUAAGCUCAUCUAGGAGAGUAUAAAGAAUGAGAAGGCCAGAGGUACAAGAAACAAGCCUGAGGACUAUGAGGCUUGGGCUAACAAAAGCAAGAGGGCUCUUGAAGAGGACUGACAGCUGAUUCCAGAGGAAGGGCCAGCAUGAUGGAGUUCUUCCCGAAUUCAAGAGAGAAGUGAGUUGAAAAAGAAGUGAACAUUAGCAGCCAGUGGUACAAAGAGGCUAGUAAAGCUAUAAAGAUGUUUCUGUAACUGACACUAUGAAAGUCAGUGUUAACAUUAGCCAAUCAGUUUCAGUGAGGCUAAAAUGUAAGAGAAGAUGAUCUAGUAAUUGAUGGAUUAAAUGUACCUGCUUGUAUUGUUUUCUUCCUGAAAUCAUAUUAAAAUGACAGAAGGACUUUUUUAAACAUAAGGGCAAAGAAAAUAGACAACAGCCACAAAAAUUUAGAGGUUGGAAAGCCUGUGUAUGUCCUCAAGGGAAUCUAAGUAGCUUCAGCAAAAACAAUGACAAUGACAUUAAAGUUCCUAAGGAAGUAGGCCAUGCAGUUGACCCAGGGGAACAAAUAUGCAAUGAUCAGGGCCCCCCCUCCCCACACACAUCCAGGUGCUCAGUGUCAGUCAUGUCCUUUGUGCUCUACUCUUAACUAGGAGCAGUAAACCUAGGAUUGGCAGAUCUGAAAAGUGCUUCCAAUGAAAGCUGGAUAUCAAAAUUGAAGAAUCAGCUUGGAGAAAAGAAUCUAUGCAGGGAGAAGAAAGCAUCUAAAUAUCUUUAAUAUAUCCAGAAAAUAAGAGAAGAUAACUGCAUUUGUGAAAUUAAUACUUUUGAGACAAAAGUGUAAAAGUGUUAAAAACUUAGUACAUGUUGGAAGGAUAAGUUGAGAAAAUAGAAAGUAGAGCAAAAACAAAGAUAAACAACUUAAGGAAACAAUUUAAGACUGCAUAGUAAAGGAGUUUUAGGAAAAUAAAGCUCCCCCCCAAGAAAAGAAAAAGUUUAAAUAAAUUAACCAGAACUAAUGAUAGGAGUUUCUGAAUUGAAAGGGCUCACAAAAUGCUUACUAGAUGGGCAGAAAUAGCACUCUAGUGAGUGUAGCAUGCUAACUAAAAAAAGUAGAAGUAGAAACCAAUGUGAGUGUGGUAACCACUACAUGAUGGAAACAAAUUAUUAAUUAUUAAUAGUGGUGAAAAUUUUAGAACAGUAAAGACAAAGAUCCUAUAAGCUCCCAGAAAGAAAAAAAGCUUUAUGUAAAGGAUCAGGAAUCCAAAUGUCUUCAGAUUAUGCAAUGGCAGAACUAGACAGCUGUCCUUUAAAAAAACAGAGAGGAAUAGCUGGGUGUGGUGGCCCAUGUCUGUAAUUCCAGCACUUGGGAGGCUGAGGCAAGAGAAUCAUGAGUUUGAGGUCAUCCAAGGAUACACAGCAACACCCUGUCUCAAAAACAAAAAACUAAACCUACCAGAAAAUCAGUAGAAUUAGAGCACUUUCAUACCUCCAUUUUUUUGGCCUGUUCUACAGCCUUUCUCUAGAAGCCACUGGACAAUAUGGCUCAGUGAAAUGAGGAAACAAGAUUGGGGGAGACAUUCCUCUAGGAAACAGUCUUCCCUAUGCAUGGAGGCACUAGACCACAUUGGAGUGGGGCCUGAGGCUCUAGUGGAUGAGCUUAGUAAAUUUCAACUGUUCCUAAAUAUAUAUGUAUUUUUACAUUUUAUUAGCGCAUGCUUACAGUACAUGAUGAUUACAUUCCUUGUAGGGAGUUCAUACAUGUACAAAACACCUCUCAAUUCUUUUUUCAUCCCCUCUCCCCUUCCCUUUUCCUCCAUCUCUUGAUCCUCUUCGCAUUUCUCUCUACUUCCUAUUAUCUAUCUUUUAUCUUCCUCUUUAUUUAUAUUUUGGAUUUCUCAUAAAGGAGAAGCCAUGCAAUCUUUAAGCUUAUGUGCCUGAUUUAUUUCACUUAAUAUUAUGGUCUCAAAGUACAUCUAUUUUCAUACAAAUGACUCAAGUUUAUCCUUUAUGGCCGAGAAGUACUCCAUUGUGUAUAAAUACCACAUUUUCUUUAUCCAUUCUUCUGUUGAUGGACAUAUAAGUUGCUUCCAAGAUUUAGCUAGUAUGAAUUGUGCUGUUAUAAAUAUGAGUAUGCAUGUAUCACUGUAAUAUGAUGCCUUUAACUCUUUUGGAAAGAUACCUAGAAGAUAGCUGGCAGAGUGUUUAGGCUGGAGUUAGUGUCACGUAUAGAAAACUAAACCAAUGGAGAUUUUUAGGAAGGCAACUGUUUUGGAAAGACUUGGUCCCAGUGAAUGAUAAUUGUCCACCAGUGGUGGCAAGUAUCCUAAGAUCAGAGAAAGUGCCGCACAGAUCUAGGAAUGCUUAAAAUACAGUUUAAGGAAUGCUUGCAAACAGAAGUGUGUCUUGAGUGGCAGCAAGAUAGGUAGAUCUGCAUCCCAAGGCAAGAGAAAGGGGUUUGUAUGCCAAGCCAGACAAAGGUGGGCCACAGCCAACCAGAAAGUACCUCGCCCUUCUCAAAAACAAUAUAUUAAUAUCUUCCUGGGUCAGCUAAGAAACAGUCCAGAUAUCAGUGACAAGUAUAACACUCUUAGCUAUCUUAACAACUUAGUUUGUCCUAUAGAUUUGUGAUAUAUGUCAGGGUCACCUAGACGGUAAAGUGGUGUUUACAAGCAAGAUGGCUGUAGGAUAUCUAGCUGGAUGUCUACUGUGAUUAUUCUUUGGAAGGUGACAAGUUGUGCAGAAGAGACGACCAUGGUUACUCCCCACCGCUGUAUAUGAGUGUUUCCAUAAUCAGCAUCAGUAUGUGUAUUGGAGGUAGGGAAUGUGUGAACCUGGUGGAAGAGGAGAGUAAAGGAGCUGAAGCUCCUGCCUUCAUAGUAGGUCAGUUACAGUUCCUAAAACUAAAAAAAGAAAAAAAAACAGAAGUAGAAACCAAUGUGAGUUUAUGUAGAGACACAUACCAAAACAAUCAAUGAAAAGAUUUUAAAAUCUUUUCUUUUGAGGAGGGUUUUUUUUUUCCUUUUUUUGGUACCGGGGAUCGAACUCAAGACCUUCCGCAUGCAAGGCAGACGUGGUGCCACUGAGUUAAAUCCCCAGCCCUGAGAAGGGGUAACUGGAGAAGUAGGGAGGUUUUUUUUUUGGUAAGUGCCUUAUGUAACUAUUGACUCUAAGCUGUGCAUCUAUAUGGUGAAACUGUCAAAUAGUGGAUCCUGUGUAGACUGGACUCAACAAGCAAGGCUAGGAAGAGGUAUGAAGGUAGGCAGGUGACAUGACAUUAGGAAGGAGUCACUGAAGGUAGUUUUUCUUAUGCUGUUUUUAAGUGUAUAAUUCAGUGGUUGUGGAUUUUUAAAAAAAUCAUUUUCUUAAUACACAUUUUCUAAUCUGGACCCAUAGUCAGCAGACAACACUGUCAUCAGUUGUUUCAUAAUCACAUAACCAAGGGUCACUGAUGUUCUAGCCUAACACAGUGGGGAUCUUAAUAGGCCAGUUCCACAUUUUAGGACCUAUUACAACAUCCAUACUUUCUGAUACCACAUUCAGUAUCAAGAUACUUUUUGCUGCGAGUAACCCAAAAGCAAAACUCUCAAAGACGUUAAAUGGAAAAUGUGAUGACUUCAUGCAGGAGUCCAGAGCCAGACAGAUUGCUAGGUUGCUUAACUUUGUGCUUAAGAACCUGGUGGUUGGGCAGGGGAUUUAGCUCAGUGGUUUUGCCACCUGCUGCACAAGCACAAGGACCUGAGUUCGAUUCCUGGUACUAAAAAAAAAGAGAACCUGGUGCUUUCUUCUUGCUGUCAUCAUUAGUGUGUCAGGUGUGCCCAGGCUGACUUCCCUGAUGACCACUUGUCUGCGGUGUUUCGGGCAUUGUGUUCAGACACAGCUGUGUCUGGAGGGGUAAGCUUGUCUCUGUGUCUCUUAGUAGUAAGAAAACCAUUCCUGAAGCCUCCCUCACAUGUCAUUGGUCAAAAUGGGGUGACUGUUCCAUUCCUAAACCAAUCACUAGCAUGGAGGAAUGCUGAAGAGGGCUGCUGCUGUGACUAUACAGAACUGAGGAUGAGCGCACACAGUCCCUUCUGAGCUCUCUGCCUUGGGCUGCCUCUCCAUUGCCUCUGCAUCCUCCAGGGCCUCUUAGAUCACUGAAAAUACCUGUAACUGCCUGCAGCCCAGCUGCCCAGUGACUGCUUUGUUCUGGAGCAACUUGAAAACUGGCUGGGAUGCCUUUAUGUCAAAGAGUGUUCUGAAGAUUACACAUUUAUUUUGUAAUUAGUGCUUUUGGCUCUUUGCCCAGAGAUGUGAAACAACAGCCCUAGAAAGAGAACCUCCUGUAUUUGGGGCAAGGACGUCUACCAGAAGGAAGCAAUUGGGUGGAGCCAGAGACAUGCUAUUGAGAUCACAGGGUUCUAAUCAUUGCCAGAAUCUUUGCUCUUUAUUUAGCCUGCUUUUGUUCCAGUUUUGUUUAACCAGAGUUACUAGGUGAUCUACAACCCUGCUACUCUGAAGUUUGAUGCUUCACAAGCUACUUCUGCCUUCUUACCAGCCUGUCUGCCCAGCUGCUGUGCUCUUUCUGGCCUGACCAUGACGUUUGCUUCCCAGUUUGUAUCUUUGCUUGUCCCUCUCCCUGUUUAGGAUGCUCCCUGUACAUAUUUAUUUAAAUUCCACUCAUCCCCCUAACACAUGUCCUAACUACAGUGAUCCUCAGGUGUUCAGACUUUUUAGUGAUUUCUGCUUAUACAGAACUUGUGUGACCCAACAGUAUUUACAGUUCAUGUAGCAUUUAUUAUCUAUUAAUUGUAGCAUAAGUUUUUUUCUGCUAUGUUUGUUUUGAUAUAUUUUCCCUUUCUGGCCGGUUUGUAAGCCUAUCUGUUUGUAUUCUGUCCCCGCGCCCCACCUCCCCCAUUUCCUUCUCCCCCUCUCUUGGAUUGAACCCAGGACCUUCGUACUGAGCUGUAUCUUCAACCUUUUUUUAAUUUUUAAUUUUUAUUUUGAGACAGUAUCUCACUAAGUCAUUAAGUUGCCCAGCUAGGGUCAAACUUGUGAUCCUCAUGUCUCAGCUUCCCAGAAUGCAGAGAUUACAGGCAUGUCCCACCAUGCCUGGGCAAGGCUGUAUAGUUGUUGAAAAAAAAGUCUCAGGGGCCGGGGAUUUAGCUCAGUGAUUCCACUGCCUACCUUGCAAGCACAAGAUCUCAAGUUCUAUCCCCGGUACCAAAGAAAAAAAAAAAAGUCUCAGAUAUGACCUCAGGCCAUUGUGAAAAGGACAAUACAUGUACUGUCAUCUUCACUUUAAAGAUGAGGUGGUACCAAUCCAGAUGGCUCAGGUAACUCCAAGUGGUGGACAGCAAACAGUAGAAUGAACGAAACGGUAGAAUGAAUGCUUAACACUCAGGUUUCUAAGUCAUGUCUCUUCCCCUGUACAAAGUAGUAGUAGUUGUCAUUAUCACAUUAAAAUAGAAUAGAGAAUAAAUGCUACAAGAGCUCAGAGGCAGAUUGGUACCUCUGAGUAGGCAGAGAAGGCUCAUUGGACAAGAAGAGCUGAGCAGGCUCUGGAAAGGAAGGUUAGAUGUAGAGAGGAUGGUGCAGCAGUGACUGCUGGGCUAAGCAUGAGCCCUGGGCCUGACCCGUGAGCCUGUUGGCCAGCCCCAGGGAAGCAGUGGAAACAGGUUGGUGCAUGAGCAGAGUUCUGGAUGGCCUUUGGGAAGUGGUGGCCCUGGCCACAUAGGCUGCUUUAUGUGAUCUGAGAGCCUAACUGGGAUACUCAGGGUCUUCUGGAGAAUAGGCUUCUUGCAGAACAGCACCUCAACCAAGGAAAAAAUGUUAGGGCAUUAACAGACAAAACUUCCUGCUUCAAAGGACAAAGGAAAGUAGUAGGAGGGUGCACUUGGCAUAUGCAUGAGUCCUCCACAUUUCUCCCAUGGCUUCCUUUCAGUACCUGGGGCCUUGACAUCCAGUGAAUACUCAACCUUUCAGCUAGGAAACUUGGGACUGCAGAUUCAUCUAUUGUCACUUAACAGAUUGGAGGUUCCAACUCUGAAGUUGGAUUUUCAGGUAUCUUGGUUUUGUGUCUCUAAUACAUGAAAUUCAGCAUGGUUGAAGUCUUUAGGUUUCAGCCUCUGGCUUGAAUUGAGAAUUGAGGUAUUUUAGCAUGUUAUUCUCAUGUCUGACUUGUUCAGUGUCAUUCAAAAUAGCCAUGUAGCCAGAUCUGGUAGCACACACCUGUAAUCCCAGCACUCUGGAGGCUGAGAAAGAGGAUUGCAAGUUCAAGAUUAGCCUGGGCAACUUAGUGUGAGACCCUGACUCAAUUUUUUUUUUUUUGGUAUGGGGAUUGAACUUGGGUCCUUGCACUUGUGAGGCAGGGAGCGGAACCACUGAGCUAAAUCCCCGGCCCGUCUUAAUUUUUAAAAAAGGAAUAGGAUGUAGCUCAGUGUGAAGGUUCAGGGUUCAGUCCCCAAUAGCCCCACCACCACCAAAAAAGCCCCACCCAUCUGAGGCCUUGGAUUUCUCAUAUCCAUACAGCUUCAGGAUUGGAGUAGUGCUGUUUCCAGAGCUAGCGUUUAAUGACAUGCUGCCCUGGGUAACUUCUGGUUAGCUAAUGUACUGCAUGGGUGGGCUAUUCAGAACAUCAGUGCAUAACUAAUCAUGGAUCUUCAUUACUUCCCUACUUCUCAUUUACCAUACUCACACCUAGCACAAACUUCCAUAUCAGUUACAAAGGUUUCAAUGACAAGUAAUGAAAAUGAAAUGUUAGAAGGAAAAAAGAAAAUGUUUAGAAGACUAUUAGGAGAUGAUUGAUUCACAAGAAAUUGGAGGACUGGUUUUGGAAGAUGGAUAAGAACCAAAGCAGUCUGGAAGCCAAGAAUGGGAAGCAUAAUUAUUCUGUUGCUUCUGAGGCCACUUCUGGGCACUUCUCUGUGUAUUCUGCUGUGCUACAUUCAUUCCAUUUUCAAUAGCUCUGAACCGCAGGUGAGAGGUUCAGAUGGGCUCAGUCCAGGUCUGGUGCCUGUGCUGUGGUGGGAGCAGGGAGGUUUAUAUCUAGAUGUACCCCUAAAACCUCAUGCACUCAUAGGUGGGCCCUGAGGGUGUGAUAAUCAUCAGUGGAUCAGUCCACUGAUGAGUUUAUAGCUAAAUAUGAUUUAAAGGAUGAAGCCUAGUUGGAGGAGGUGGAUCACUGGAGGUGUGGCCUGGAAAGAUCUAGCUCCUUCCCUCCUCCCUUGAUCACUGUCUGCUCCCUGUCUGCCCAGCCAUGUGCUGUUUCUCUUCUGCCUUGCUCCUCUGCCCUGGAACCAGUCAAGUAUGGACUGAAGUCUCUACAAAUUGACCCAAAAUAAAACUUUCCUCCUUAGA